AUGACGGCUAAACCUUCAUUGCAGUCCAAAGCCUCUACGCUAGCACCGAGCAGCUCCAGCUUGUCCGAGAUGGAAAAGGAUUCGACGUUCUCAAGCUCUGCUGCCUCGUUACAGGACAUUAGCUCUCCAGAAAUGCCGUCAAGCAAGUCAGGACAACGUCGAGCCGGUCCAGUCGACAGUGAUGAAAAUGUCGAGUAUCCUACUGGAAUGAAGCUGAGCCUGGUUGUUCUGGCAUUAUGUCUUAGUGUGCUCGUCAUGGCCCUCGACAACUCGAUCAUUGCAACCGCAAUCCCCCGCAUAACGGACGAGUUCAACAGCCUCAACGACGUCGGCUGGUACGGCAGCGCCUAUCUACUCACCACAGCAUCCCUCCAACUACUGUUCGGAAAACUGUACACCUUCUUCAGCCUCAAGUGGAUUUACCUCAUUGCCAUUGCAUUCUUCGAACUAGGCAGCUUGAUCUGCGGCGUCGCUCCAAGUAGUCUCGUCCUCAUCAUCGGUCGUGCAAUUGCAGGGAUCGGCGGCGCGGGCAUAUACGUCGGAUCUCUCAUCAUCCUUUCCUACAGCGUGCCUCUAGGAAAACGUCCUAUCUACACGAGCUUCGUCAGCAGUAUGUGGGGGAUCGCCAACGUUGCCGGCCCUUUACUUGGAGGUCUUUUCACAGAUAGUCUCUCGUGGAGAUGGUGCUUCUACAUCAACCUACCAAUUGGAGCAAUCACCGUCCUUGUAAUCGUCAUCUUCUUCACCGACCCCGUGCGCAAAAUGCCGGAAGAAACUUGGCGCACACGCUUCGUCCAGAUGGAUCCCCUCGGCAACAUCCUCUUCAUGCCGGCGAUCAUCUGUCUACUCCUCGCUCUUCACUGGGGCGGAGUCACGUAUUCAUGGACGUCACCUCGGAUCGUGACACUGUUCGUCGUAUUCGGCGUGGCCAUGAUCUCCUUCAUAUACCUACAGUACCGAGGGCAAGAAAACGCCACAGUCCCGCCUCGCAUCUUCAAAAAGCGCACUGUCUGGUCAUCGGCCUUCUUCGCCUUUAACCUCGGCGCCGCCUUCUUACUAUCCGUUUACUUCCUUCCCAUCUGGUUUCAAGCCGUCAAAGGGGCAUCGCCCGUAGACUCGGGCGUUAUGAACUUGCCCAUGCUUGUAGGCGUGGUCAUAUUUACACUCGUAGCAGGUGCUCUCGUCACCAAAUGGGGCUACUACACGCCCUGGAUGAUCGUGGGCUCCAUCCUAAUGGCCAUCGGUUACGGCCUCAUCACGACCUUCACCCCGGACACCCCAACAUCACACUGGGUUGGCUUCCAGAUCAUUGCCGGAGCGGGAGUUGGCUUUGGUAUGCAGCAGCCGUUGAUGGCAGUCCAGGUCGUUCUCGAAACGGCCGAUGUGCCGACCGGAACGGCCAUAAUCAUCUUCGCUCAGACUAUCGGCGGCGCCAUCUUCGUCGCCAUCGGCCAGAUGGCUUUCACUAAAACACUUGUCGAGAAAAUGCUGGAAUUGAUCCCUGAGAUUGACCCCCAAACGAUAAUUGGUUCUGGGGUAACAGCGAUCCGCGACAUAAUCGCUCCGGAACUAUUGCCUGCGGUUUCGAACGCUUACAGUAACGCACUGGCGCAAGCAUUUCUUGUCAGUGCUGUGACGGCGUCGUUGACCAUUCUAGGAGCUCUAUUUGUUGAGUGGAAGAGUGUCAAGGGCAGGAGUGUGCAAAGCAGCAUUGCGUAA